UUCUGUGCCCCCGCCGACGAGCUCAAAGGGAGGAAGGAGGGAUGUAUCGCCGCCUUCGUGCUCUGUCGCGGCGCUGCCAUCGAUUGGAGCUCGCCGCUGAGCUGCUGCACCGUCUCCAAGCCGUUGCGUCGCCGCUCAUCUCUUCACUGUCACUGCUCAACACCAUCGUCAUAUCCUCUGUCACCAGUUCGAAGGUGUGUAUGAUUUUGAUAGUGAUGAUGAACUGCAAUGGCUAAUUGAGAUACAGAAGGUGCUGGAAAUUUCAUACGUGCGUGCUAAACUAGGGAAAUCAUUCUGUAGGAAAGUGUCGAGCUGUAGGAGUUUUCAUUGGGUUCAUGCCCUCCUAGUGUGGGUCUUGAAGGGAUGCGUUGGUCAACUAUGUUGAUCAGUAUUCAGGUGGUUGCACGAAAUGGCUAAAAUCCACAUCGCCAUCAUCUUAUUGGGGCUCUGCCUAGUAUGCAAUUCGGCAGCUUCUAUUUACACCAAUCCUGGAUGGAAAAGCACUUUUGUAUUCAUUUGUUUCCUGAAUGGCCUAGUGUUUCUUCUUGGCUGGAAAAGCUUUUUGUGAGAGCCAUUCAAGAGCUAUGGCAGUGGUGGUCGCGGUUAUUGCGCGUGGUGGUGGAUACAGAGGAGAAGGAGGCGGUGGUGAUGGUGCUUGCUAUAGCUGUGGUGGUAGGUACAAUGGCGGAGGCGGUGGUGGAAGCUGUAACAACUGUGGAUAUUCUGGGCUUUUGCAAGGGACUGCCCAACAAGCUCUCGCUGAAAAAUAUUGAGAAAGUGACUCGUAGAGCACAGGAGCAAUUUCAGAUGGUUUUAGAGGAGAAAAGCAGGUUAUCUCUCUUUGUUUUUAUCUUUAUUUUCUUAUUAUUUAUGUUUUAUUUUCUGUCUUUAAUCUUUUUGUUACUUUGAAUAUAUUGGGUACUGGAUUAGAGUAGCCAUAAAUAAGAAGAAAAUAACAUGAAGCUAGGAUAAAAGAUAAGAUGCACAAUAAUUUCUGUACGUGUGUUAUUCCCAAACAUAAUAUGAAAAUUGCACGGAGUAUUAGAGACAUAUUCUCCUGUGUCCCGAUCCAAUUCUUUAUUGCCUCUAACAAGAAUUUCCAGGGUAGGGAUCAUCUUGAACCACAUUUCAUGAGAUGUGUAGUUUAAUGCAGUUAUUGUGC